GUUUUAUUAUGCAUUUUGUGUUCUCACUUUGUGAUUUCCCCACACCCCUGUUGUGAGCCAUAGCCUGCAGCUUUAACCGCGAGUAAGCCCCAUGAUCGAUUCGCCUUUGCUUUGGGAGAAUGCAAGUUCCUGCGCCUCUCUUUCGCGGAAGAGAAAACUAGGAAGUAAAACAAACAGGAGCGGCCAUGUGUCGUAGAAAAAAAGGGGUGGAUGGGGGGGACUUCGUUGCAACUUCGGAAGAAAAUUGCAGCAGGCUGCUUCUCUAGGGAUCGUCUACCCCCGUCGCUGAGACCCAAGAUCACAGAUCCAAAGUCGGGAACUUUGAAUGUAGGCAGCAUAAAAGAAAUAGCCAUGAGAGAGGAGAUGCAGCGCCUCCCCAUCCCCUGCGUGAGGCAUAGAGUACGCCGCUGAGUGCUUUGGAAACACACGAUGGAAGGGCGGAAAAGUCCUUGCCUCCUUGGGGUGCUAAUUUGUGGUCGGAUGAGAUCCUGCAGGGCAUGGAGCCUCGCCGCGCUACUGGGUCUAACAGUUCAAAUAGCCUCUGGGGCUUUCCUGAUAAAUGUGGACGUCUCACAGACCGAAAGGGAAUUGAAGCACUUUUGGAAAAGCACAGGAUAUUGUCCUCCUCUGCCACACAGCAAAGCAGAUUUGUUUGAUCUCAGUAAAGACCAAAUAAUUAACCUGGCUUAUAUUUCUUCUGUGCCACACAAUGGCAUUGAGCAAAUUCGAAUCCACUGGCUCCUGGAACUUAUUCAAGUCAGGGAGGCCAAUGGGACACUUCAUUACAAUUUCACCAACCUGGAUAACUUCAUGGAUCUUCUUUGGGAAAACAAGCUACAUCCAGGAUUCGAAUUGAUGGGAAGUCCCUCGGGAUACUUCACUGACUUUGAAGAUAAAAGGCAAGUGAUACAGUGGAAGGACCUGGUUACACAGUUGGCUGAAAGAUAUAUAGAGCGUUAUGGAUUGAAGCAUGUUUCGAAAUGGAAUUUUGAGACUUGGAACGAGCCAGAUCACCAUGACUUUGACAACGUGUCCAUGACAGUGAAUGGAUUUCUCAACUACUAUGAUGCUUGCUCUGAAGGUUUAAGACAAGCCAGUACUCAACUGAAAUUUGGAGGUCCUGGAGACUCCUUCCACCCAUUCCCAAAGUCCCCUAUGUGCUGGAGCCUCCUUUGUCACUGCCACAAUGGAACUAAUUUCUUCACUGGAGAGACUGGAGUCCGGCUAGACUACAUUGCCAUGCAUAAGAAGGGAGCUGGGCGGUCGCUGUACAUCUUAGAACAAGAAACUGAAGCAGUGGGACAGAUCCAGAAGCUCUUUCCCAGGUUCACCUCUCUGCCUGUAUACAACGACGAGGCAGAUCCACUGGUGGGAUGGUCAGUUCCGCAGCUGUGGAGAGCGGAUGUCACCUAUGCGGCCAUGGUGGCUAAGGUUAUUGCCCAGCACCAAAACCUCCUGCUUGCGCGAGCCAACAACACCGUCAACUACACUUUGCUGAGCAACGACAACGCGUUUCUGAGCUACCACCCCUAUCACUUCACGCAGAGGACGCUGACGGCGCGCUUUCAGGUGAACAACACCAAACCGCCGCAUGUCCAGAUGGUGAGGAAGCCGGUGCUCACGGUGAUGGGCUUGCUGGCUCUGCUAGGAGAGGAGCAAGUCUCUGCCAACAUCUCCAGCCAGGAAUUGGAAGACUAUGACAUUCUUGGAGUACUAGCCAGUGUGCACCGACCUCGAGAGCACCCACUCGACAGCUGGCAGGCCUCUGUAUUGAUCUAUGCCAGCAAAGAUAAUGAGACCUCUUCCAACGUCAGUGUCGUGACUCUAAACAUAACCAGUUACCCCAAACACAAAGGACUUGUGUACAUCACUUACUACUUGGAUAACUACCUGACCAACCCGUAUUUGCAGUGGAAGAAACUGGGAGCUCCAGAUUUUCCUUCCCCGAAGCAACUGGAGCAGAUAAGAGCUGCUGAGGACCCUGUGGUGAAAGGACCAUUUUCACUCCCAGCAAAAGGCUGCUUGGUGCUGAAACAAGAGCUCCCAGUUCCAUCCGUCUUCCUCGUCCACAUCUGUGCAAAGCCUUUCGCUGCUCCCGAUCAGGUGAAUGGUGUUCGCCUCAUCCAUCUCACAAAGGGACAAGUUUUGGUAGUGUGGGAUGACAGCUGUGUCAAUUCAAAGUGCCUGAAAAAAUUCGAAGUGUUUUUCUCACAGGAUGGAAAAACAUACCACCAGAUCAGUGUCAAAGACAGUAUAUUUACAGCAUUGGUCUACAACCCAGAAACAACAGUCGCAGGGUUUUACAAAGUGCGAGCUGUGGAUUACUGGGGCAGAGCAGGGCCGUUUUCUCUCCCGGUGUACUACAACGAAGCAUCUUAAGAAAGGCCAAGAGCACCUCAAAGGCAACCCAGAACUUACAGAAUUAGGCUUGCACUUUGUCAGGCUACAAGUCCUUAAAGCAGUGGUUCUUCAUACUCUUUAACUCAACUUCCAGGGCAUCAGAGGAGAAAUGAGAAGAGCGACUGGAAGCCACUCCAGAGCGCCAAAAGUUUCUUUUUCAAGAGAUAAUUUUGAAAAAUAAGUAGCACCCUAAGGCAGGCAACAGAAUUGCCUCCCCCCACAAUCCAAGGGAUGCCAGCUGCUGAUGUAAGCACUUGUUCAAGCCCCUACAGUAACUAGUUUCGAGAGUCAACUGGAUUAGAGAAAAAGAAAAGUGAAUGGGCUGGAACAGGGGUUGGCAAACUACGGCCCGCAGGCCGGAUCUGGCCCAGUUGCCCUCUGGAUCUGACCCAUGAACGGUUCUGCAAUCAGUGUGAUCACCAUUUCCCGCCAAUUUUUUUCGGGUCCCAUUUUUUUGUGAACCCCCCCCCCCGGACUACAUCUCCCAGCAUGCUCCAAGGUUGCUCAGACUUCCGUGACGCUGGCCAAUCUGAAGCCUUAGGAACCUCAGACCUCUCCUCCAUUGGCCAGUUUGAUGUGAGCCAGCGGCCAAUGGCGACCCUUCACGAGACUCGCUCCUCCAAUCGGGGCGAGGCGCAGGGCAGGGCGCCUUGUUGAUGUCUAGCUCCAACAAGGGAGGAGGAGAAGCGAAGGGGAGGGAAGAAGCGGGAGCAGAGAGCCUGCGAGGAGGAAGAGUAGGAGGACUCUUCUGUGCUGCUCGGCAGUGGCACAUUAGCAACACGGUCAUGGACAUCCUGGGGUGGGGGCCCUUCCCGGCAGAAUGGCUGCGGCCCCUCCGCGCAAGCCGAGACCCAGCGCCGGCGGGGCGCCCCCUCCCCUCCCCAGCCCAGCCCGCUCUGUCUGAACGUGGUGAGUGGAGGUAUCUCAGCCGCUCUUGACUCCGAGGGAAGGCCUGUGCGCAUGCGCAUGCAGGGUCCGGCCCGUCACAAGUUCUGAGGGACAGUGAACCGGCCCCCCCGUAGGAAAAGUUUGCUGACCCCUGGGCUGGAAGAAUAGCAUCCUGGGAAAAGUGCUCAGGAGUGGGAAGAUGCCAAGUGCCAAUCUUUUUAAGAAUUUGGUUUUAGAAGUAGGUUUGUAUUUUCUAUGCUUGUGCAAAACAAAAAGUUGAUUAAAGGUACUCAUGUUGAGCUUGGAUGCUACAUGCAACUUUUGGAAUCUCUCAUUUGAAUAAAGAUCUGCUAUAUAUUUCGGAA